UAUUAGCGUUGCGCUUCGUGACUUCAUAUUAUUUGAGGCUGCAGGGUGUCGUCGUAUAGUCUAGGGGUUGGCAUGCUCGCCAAUGAUAGACUUCAUGGAAUGGAAUGGAAGUAGAGCUUGACAUCCUUGUCGUGCUGUUCGCAGUUGAAUUAUUUGGUGCCGGCCGGCAAUUCAUCAUAUUAUAGUGACGAGUAGUAGAUAGGAAGUUCUUCUCUUGACAAAAAUCUGACCAUCUCUAUCUUCUCACAAACAAAGUAAGCACACUUAAUUAGUUUUCUUCAAGAGCGAUCACCAGGAUGAGGCGCAGGCGUGGUGGCCGAAGGCAUGUUGCCGUCGGUCCGGACGGUGAAGUGCAUAGUGAUGGCGGCGAGGCAGGAACAAGAGAGGCGACUCAUGGGCCUUCAGAACGUCCACGACAAUUUCAGAGAGCUAAGGGGUCUUCUGCAACGACAAGAACAGGUAGAACAUCAAGGAAGAAUCCAGUCGUUCUCCCCGAGUAUCAACCUACCGCUUUCAGUCACGCUAGUUCGAAACAAGUCACUAGUGGGAGUAGUAAUUUUGAACAAAGUACUAGUAAUUUGGAAGAACAAGUUCCUCGGAAAGCAGAGGCUGUCGUGGAUGGCUAUGACAUAGAUGCUGUGGUUGAAUCGAUGCCUGCUGGGGAGACCAGGUUGCAGAGAAUUUGGCACAGUGUCAAACAUUUGCAUGAGUACCGUGACCACGCUCUAAGUGGCAUGUUAUUGUGCGCAGCUUGGGUUUUGAUGGUGCUUCUGUGCGUUUUGCUAACCAAGAGGUGUGGAGCAAGGCUGAAAGGUUACUAUCGCGACCUCCGAUCAUCUCGCAGUUCUGGUAGUGGCAGCAAAAAUGGUAAAGGGAACAACAAGAAAGGUGAGAAAGGAAAGCAUGAGACAGCGAGCGAUGCGGGGGACUCCCUGAAUGAAGAUCUUGAAGGGGGUGCUCUGUCCGAAGAUAUGGAAGGCAGUGUAACAGAAAGUCAAUCCACGGAUGUUGCAUCUGCUUUUGACUUUAAUUACGCUGCACCAAUGCAGUAUUUGCAGCAAGAACAACAGCCUCUACUACAACAGCUGCACCAAAGAAACGAUACUAGUAGUCGUCAGACGAUGCGAGGCAGUAGAAGUAGUGACUACUCUAGUACUAGGCCUCCGCAGGUGGUACACAAAAAUAAUAGUUCUAGAUCUUCUAGGGGUGCCAUUGUUCCACACUUGAUUACGUCAAAGUCACGAGAUAGCAGAGCCAAAGGAAACGACCAACAAGAUCAUAGCAAAAGAAGGCGUCAUGGGUCAGCUUCGGAUGAAGAGCAAGAAGCAUUGCUUCCUUGUGGGAAUGGCAUGGACGAGAUGAAGGAGUAUUCGCAGCAGCCACUUCUAGGAGACCACAAAAGGCGUCGUGAACAUCAACAAGUAGACGACUAUCAUUCUACUUCUGGAUUGAAGAACAACAAGCACGAACAAGAACAGCAGUUGGCGAGUUCAUCACAUGCGGGCGUGCCACUGCCAUUUGUGUCAUCUUCCUCAACACAGAAUAACAACACAAAUCCUCAACCUGCAACACGAGGUGACGACAGCAAGAAACAACGAUCUAGAUCCAAGAAGAGGAGGCGCGCGGAUGUGUCGCUGCCGACUGAACAACAAGAAGAUGCAUUUCACUUUUCUCUACAUCCUCUAUCUGAAGACGAACCUGGCUGUGCGAAGCCAGCACAACACAAGUACCUGGAAGAUGAAAACGAGGAGGAUAACAAGCAUCUCAACUACAUUUCCGAGGCAUUUCCUGUACGAGGUGAAGAUCUUGAUCUUCUACCAGAACAAGAUGAACAACCACCUGGCUUUAGCAGAGGUACAACAUUGUCUGGUGCCCUAACAUGUCAGCAAAAUUACCAUCCGAGCGAUGGCGAUUCGUCUCCAUGUUUUGGCCCCUCAUCUUCAAAAAAGAAAACAUCACAGCCGUCACCCAUACAACAACUCGUGUUGUCCGAGCAGACUCUCUCUCAGCUGCCACGCGCCAUCCCCACACUGCAAGUCACCGAAGACGACGUUGCUUCUGUUUGGUCGUCCGCUACAGGCUCAUCGGCGUGGUCGACCGCUACUGAGGAUCGGGAGGAGGACGAACGCAAACUGGAGGCCAACACAGCGUUGAAUGCGACUACAGCCUUGAACGCUAAGUCAUGUGGCGGCGCGCGCUUGGUGUUCUUACCUCAAGAACCACCACAAGCAGUGGUCGUGGGAACCACUAGUGCAACUAGAGUUGUGAAACAUCAUGUCGAGCGAAAGGGUUUGACCGACAUUGCGGAACUAAAUGCCGUGAUAAAACGAAAGUGUGUUGGUGCCCCAGGAGUUCAUAAUAGUGCUGUGGGAAUGAAACGAACCGGGGGCAUGAUUGAAACAGGUGACACGGUCAAGCAGCAACAUGGCCAAAGACAAGCGGCACUUCAACAGCAACAUCAAGAUUCAAAGCCCUGGAGCAAAGAUCAACUUCUGUUCAAGAACAGUGAUCCCAAAAACACGCAGAAAAUGAAGAAACAACUCAAAACCGUUUUGGACAACACGGCUUCAGCGGCGGAUGGCCCUGCGCAGAUUUUAGAGUCCUUCGCUAACAUGUUCGUUGCCGAAGGCCAUCGGCGUGCUGUUUCGGCAGGUGCAUGGCUUGAGAGGCGUGGCAAAGAAUCCUCUAGAUUUUGGUAUGCCGAUGAUGAACAGGACCGCUUGGAUGAGGCUCUGUGGCGUGAAAUGUUGCCAACAUUCCAGAAUGGGACGACGAAGAGGAGCACGAGGAAAGGAAAUUUCAACGCUACAACAACUCGAGGUAGUCUCGAAGUACUGCGCCGUAACUACCGUGCUUCCGUGGAGCGUAGUCAUUCGGCGUACUGUGGCAGUGUGUCAGCUUCCAGAAAGCUUUAUUCUCACGAAGCAGAACUAAUAACUGGUGGCACAAAUCCAAAGGAUGUGACAAGAACAGCUGACGAAGCUACAAGUUGCAGUGCGCCUCCUUCGUCAGCGAGCAGCGGCACUUGCUCUGAGACUAGCUCGUCUACCUCUACCUCUUUCGGAAGAGUGAACGCGCAAAAUCAAUCUUCUCGUUUUCCGAGUCGUAGACGUGCCAACAAUCAUCGACGUGCUGCAAGACCUCCUUUAUGGACGCAGCAGGGUGUUGGAGGAACGGAUGCUAAAGCUGUAGUUUGUUCUAGUAUUCGACGCGUCAGUCGGCCAAGACCUGAACGCGGGUCGUCCUGGGCUGACACCUUCAAUCUGUUUGAGACGGGUUCAAACGCAAGCAGCAUCACACUUUUUAGUAAGACGCGAGGAGACGUGAAGGAGCGCAUUGCUGGUAAGAAUAAGGUAUCUAUGGGAACCAAGGGACCCGUUGUAUCGCAGGAAGACGACCGACGUCGGUCUGCUUCGAGACCGAAGCCGAAAUUGCAACAGACUAAGCCUUCAGUGUUUACUCCUUCUGAACAGCAACAACGGGUGGAACAGAAUGUACAUAAGCAACAGCAUAGCCUACAACACCAGCAACAACAGAACCAAGAUCAAUACCAACAAGCUCAACAGGAUGAGAUCGCUCACGAUCUGAUGGAGAUGCCUUCUACACAACUGUCGCCUUCGCACAGCGGUUCUCAGACGUCUACUUCCCUACUGCAAACGUGUAAAUUGGACUUCAACGACCAAGACAGUUCUUGUGGAGCAUCCUCUUGUUUUUCUGAAGGACAAGGACGUGGAAAUCAGAGCACCUCAUCUGAUACAGGACUAUUAAGUGGUGAACAAGAAGAACAUCGUGACAAGUACAACAAAGCAACACAGCCAAGCACAAAAGAAGAUACUUUAUCAUCACAUGGUAGUUCGGGGUCGCCCACAAAAUCAGUGGCUUCUGUGGCCACGCGCACAACGCAGUGUCCUUCUUCCGCUUGCGACGGUUUGGUUACGGCUUGUGACACAAGCGUCGGUUUUCCGACGCCCAUGGAUGAUGUUCUUAGUACGCCAGUGGACGACACUAGUGGUAAUAGUACUAUACAACCACAAGGCGAAGACGUUGUACUUCUUGACAAAAAAAGUCAUGACCUAAUGCUCUCUUUCGACGACUACAUCAACAAUUUUGGUGGUGGUGGCAGUGCGGUGGAAAGAGAGAAGAACAAGAGGAAACCGGGUGUUGAUAUUCGCGAAAUCGACUUCACAAAACCAUUUGAAAGUAGCUACGGACGAGCAAAGGCACCAGAGCAAGGACACGAUUCAGUAGGAUUUCAGAAAAACGGUGAUGUAGCACCACCUGCAGAAGUAGCAGAGGACAUGAUGUUCUUCAGCAGUUAUGGGAGGACGCAGGAACGACCAGUGGGAAGUAGUACUGCUACGACUACUUCGACUUCGGAACAAAACCAAGUAGAAGUUGUAAAGGAUGUUGCUUGUUGUAUUGGUUUUAGUGCCGGUGAACAGGGAGAUCAAGAACCAAGCAAUCUGAUGUUUUUCAGCAGUUACGGUCGGACCAAUAACAAUAAACAAGAUCCUCGAGUUAAUCUGGGCAGUAGUUCUCCAGAUUCCGGCCGUGAUCGUGAGAGCGUUUCCAAUGACCUAGAAGGACUCGAACUUGGAGACAACAGGAAUUAUAGUUCGCCUCGUGCUGCUUACCAACAUGCUUACCCUGUUUCGUACGAAACUCCAACAAAACAGUUCGUCUACCCCGAUGAUUCCUCAGACGACGGUGGCUGUCCAGGGACAAUGGAUUCGCCAGAGGACUCAGCACAAGGGACCUUGAGUUCGACAACUUCAGGGUCUGUGCACUCAUCGUCUUCGUUCAAGUGUAGGCUGAACUUCGCUGAUCUCGAUGCAGCGAGGAGGGAGAUGACCAGGGGAAAACAAGAAGAAGCAGUUGUAGAUGCAAGUCUUGAAGAACAACAAUCGCCUGUUGCAGACUCCGAACUACAAGAAAAUACACCACAAGAAAGCAGGAAGAAAAAUGAUCCGAGCGAAGUGGAAUUGAUAACUCUUUAAGGCCAGUAGAGAAUACGCGAGUUCACGAUUUGCAGAACUGAAGACUUUUUGAUUUGAAGUAAGCAGAAAAGGAUUUGAAGUUGUUGUGAGGAUGUGCGCCUCCAACACAUACUAAUAAAAACAUUUGUACAAGCAAUGCCGAGUGAUAGCGAGAUGCGAGAAACAUCAUGCACCGUAAAGCGGAACAAUUUAGAACUACAAAGUUUUUCUCAAUGAAUCACAAAAUACAAAAUGAACUAAAUAAUUUGAUAUUGAUUCUACCAGUCAGUGCACAUUACCCGGCUUGUACAAAUUUACCCAUUUAAGUAGCCCUUAUCUCGUCCGUCAUUCCUAUGUUUGAGAACAAUCUUACCCCAUACGAAUCGAAAGACCCCAUAGGAACGAUAAUCCAAGUAGGCCUUAGAUCCAGUUGUCUACGCAUCUAACCAUAUAUUUCUGGCUUUGUUAUGUAAAAUGAAAACGCGUGAUUGAAAGGGGGAUCCACAUCGCUUCUAAGAAAUAGAAUCAAAAACUUCAUUGAUCUUCUUCAUGAGCAUACAGGAGUAUAGCCUACUUCUAUUUGCGUGGUCCUUCACCCGAUAGUUGUAUAAUUAACCUACUCGUCCUAUCUGAGUGGCCUUCUAGGCGUUACUUGUUGCACAGCCAAAGAAGACUCUUCAGGAAAAAACAGUUGCUACCUUGAGUGUAAUACAUUAGAUACAGCUGCUAAAAACUUUCGCAAUCGCCUGGCAUCCUAAGCCAAGAGAAGAACGAUUCAAAUCCGAAGCACGACAUGAUUGUAAC